AUGAAAGGAAGAUCAAGCUCUCUUACAAUUGGAGAACAAAUCUGCGCCGUUUUCAUUCCUUUCAUUGCCAUUAUUGAUUUCUUCUUCUCUACUGUCGGACAAUGCUUCGAUUGUCGCCGCCACAAAUCGCCUCGGACAUGUCAAUAUGCGGAUCUGGCUCGACUUGCCCAUGAAUCUCCUUUUUCAGUCAAUGAAGUUGAAGCAUUGUAUGAGCUAUUCAAGAAAUUGAGCUGUUCAAUUAUUGAUGAUGGGUUGAUUCACAAGGAAGAGCUUCGAUUGGCUCUGUUCCAGGCCCCAUUUGGUGAAAACCUAUUUCUUGAUAGGGUUUUUGAUUUGUUCGAUGAAAAGAAGAAUGGAGUGAUUGAGUUUGAGGAAUUUAUCCAUGCUCUGAGUGUCUUUCAUCCUUAUGCACCGACCGAGGAGAAGAUCGACUUUGCAUUUAGGCUCUACGAUUUAAGACAAACCGGAUUUAUUGAGCGAGAAGAGGUGCAACAAAUGGUGGCUGCUAUUUUGAUGGAAUCUGAUACGUUGCUGCCCGAUGAACUUCUGAACAUGAUUAUUGAUAAAACAUUUGCUGAUGCAGAUUCCGACCAAGACGGUAAAAUUAGCAAGGAGGAAUGGAAGGAGUAUGUGCUUAAGCAUCCCAGCUUGUUGAAGAACAUGACUCUUCCUUACCUAAAGGAUGUAACGACGGCGUUCCCAAGUUUUAUAUUCAACACUGAGGUUGAAGACUGA